UACUCAAACAGAGACGGCUGUUUGAAUGGCGAUUUGCUCCACCGGGUAACAUUUUACAUUUACAGCUGUAUGUCUGUGACUCACUGGUUGUUUUGCAGUCACUAUUUUACUAUUUUAAAUACAGACGUCCCUAAACACACGAGAGACAGACAUCACUUCCGGUAAAAAGCUGGUAACACAUCCGGCAUCUUCUACAGUGAGGCGGUGUGACGAGCCCCCAGAGCAGAGCAGAUUUAAUCUCUGCUGAUCCUCUUCAGAAGCCCCGAGAUGGCAGAUCCACGAAGUCAAGUCCCAGGUUCGGUGUCUCAGAACCCACUAGGUUUUUCAACACCUGAGGGCAACACUGUUGAGAUGGACCCAGUGGAAUACACCCUCCGCAAACGGCUGCCCAGAAAGCUGCCCAAGAGACGCAACGAUGUAUACAUUAACAUGAAGACCGACUUCAAGGCCCAGCUGGCCAGGUGUCAGAAACUGCUGGAUGGCGGUGCUGGUCACAAGGAAAUCUGCAUCCACGGUCUGGGACUCGCCAUUAACCGGGCCAUUAACAUCGCACUGCAGCUGCAGGCUUUCAGCCAGGGGGCACUGCAGCUGGCUGCGAACACCUCCACGGUAGAGCUAGUAGACGAUCUGGAGCCAGAAGACCCAGAUGAAGCUGGAGAGCCACUAACACGAACAAGGAACAACUCGGCUAUCCACAUUAAAGUGUUUUACCCCAAUGCUUAGAAAGUUACAGUCAGCUACACAAAAUCAAAUAUUAUUAAAAAGGGAAAGAAGGAAAUCCAUCACCAUAGAGGGAUAAUCUGACCUUUAAUUUCAUUAAUAGCUACUGAAUGUUAAGACUUUUCAAUUGAAUCAUUUGGGAUUAAAUUCUUAAAUAAUACAUGGCUUGGAUGUGCAGUUUAAGGACAGUAUUAAAAAUAUUUUUUGAGAGCCUUUACAUAAUGUGAAGAUCAGUAAAAACAAAUUCUGUCAGCACUUUAUUUGGCCAAAAAAGUUUUGAGAUAUGUUUAAGGGUGCGAAAGAUUAAUAUUUCUAAAAUGCAAAUCAGUUUGUGUCCCUAUAUAUUUUUUGGGUUAUUUUGCCAAGUGAAAGAACCUAGGAGUUGUUCACACAUCUAAAUUGGAAUCAGUAAAUCGAUUAGCCCUGAUAUGAGAGAGCCUGGUAUGGAAGUAGCUGACCCAAUAUUAUAUUCUACCCACUUGUCUUCUUAUGGCACUGGAGGAGAACAUUAGAUCAGUGCUUUGAUGUAUGUCUGUGAAACUGCUCAUGAGGUCAUUCAUAUGUGUAGGUGUUUGAUAUUUUGAUAAAACUUGAAGAAAAUAGAACAUUUUGUAUUAAUGUGCUGUCCACAAGUACAAAAUAUUAUUUAAGGUGCCUAUGCAUGUUGUUGUAUUGUCUGAAACAGUUUGUGUUCGUUUGUGAACAUACUAUAUUUUUAAGUCUUAUUUUCACUGUUUGAGAAGCAUAUUCAGAUUUAUUUUCUGAUGUAUAUGUGUGUAAAUAAAACACUAACACAUGCUUGCA